AUGUCCGGUGUAGGCGAAUUGCGAGCUUUCGAAUACUAUGUUGAACGCGUUGGCGGAUCGAUCGCUGAGGGCAUGGACCAUGAUUUCUGGAGGCGUAUUCUGCCACAAGUCAGCGAGCACGACGACACGGUCAGGAACGCCAUGCUGGCCAUCAGUGCUUUGUACGAGGAUCCUCUGACGCAAGGUACUGCAGGACACUCUUCCAGUCAGACCCUUGCGCUGAGCUGGUACAGACGAAGCGUGAAGCGUGCUAUCACACCCACAAAAACCGAAUCUGAUGACGAAGCUUGCAGGCUUGAGCAUUCAAUACUCACCUGUAUGCUUUAUUCCAUUGUUGAGACACAGUACUGCAACGCAUCGAACGCGUUGCGGCUGAUGCUUCAAGGCCUGAACCUCAUCUCUCGUUAUCGCAAGCUCUCGCAGUCCACAGCUCCGCACUCUCCGUGGAUGCAAGACAUCUUAGGAAUGUUCGCCAGGCAGGUCAUGAAUAUUGGUAUUCUUAGAAGUAAGAUUUCUCCAGAGUACAGCGAACUUCUUCUUUCACUUCUGCCGAAUCCCAAGGUCACGCUGACCACUCUGGCUGAAGCGCGGGACGGGCUCUAUACCAUAUUCCACCAGGCAGUCCCAGUCGCCAUUGCCAUCUCUGCUUCCGAGGCCGCCAAGGGCGUCUGUGAACCACAUAUUGUUCACGAACUCAGGAAGCAGCAGUUGGGGAUCCUGGCGAUGCUUGAAGCUUGGGAGUCCGCCAUGGUAUCAUGGUCUUCCAGCGCUGGGACUGCCGACACGCUCAAGUCACUGUAUCAUUCGCUGUUGUGCUUACAAAAGAUGGUGUAUAUGUGGAUUUACUGGAUUCUUACUCCGCCGCAGGAUCUCGCAAAUCAGGAUCCCGAUAAUGUCAGCCACCUCUUGCGUCACGCCGACAUGGCCUUGCGAUCUCGCCUUGGCCAACCUAGUGGAGACAGACCCACCCCGGUUGCUAUGGAACUCGGCGUCAUUUCUCCUGUCUGCUUCGUGCUGUGGUCUUGUCGACAAGAGCCAGCCAUCACGGAAGAAGCAACCGCUCUGUUGCAACGUGCGGCGUCAUCAGAGAAUAUACCUGCUGUCCACAACGCUCGUGUCCGACUGGAAUCCGACGGUACCACUUACAUCCCACAAGCUUGCAAGCAGCAAGCUACGGAACUGAUCGUUGAGGUGGGCUAUGGAGACUACUUCAGGUCGGAUCUCGAGCACGCAAAGAUUGACGGCUACGGAAACCUUCGGCGCAUCGUGCUGGCGAACGAGUAUUUCCUCCCAAUGAAGAACCUUCCCGAGCCUUAUAAACAAGGCAGUAUAAUGAAGGCUGUUAAAGAAGAGCUGCGGGAAGGCUUGCAGUGCUUCAACAUCGAAGAGGUCGAAGAAGUGAUCAGGAAGGUCUGCGGGCCUCACCAAGUCCUGCUUGAUUUUGGCGUCCAAGAUCGAGCCGGAAUCAUGGAUCGGUUUUUCUUGGUGGAUCUUGCUGGGUGGAGAGUGCUCUACACGAUGGAGAUAGAGGAAUCACGAAUGCAGCACUUUUGCCACUGGUCUGCUACAUGUCUAGCGCAACAAUAG